AUGCAAAAGGCAGACAAGGGCGAGAGCAUUACGCCGGCACCGCUCAGCAGCAGCGUGAGCGUCGACGAUGGCAAACUCGAGAAAGGCGAUGAUGCCUUCGAGAUAUUCAAGAAGGGUGAUGGCAAUGUCGACUUUCGGACUGUUGGUUGGAUCCACGCGUCAGUCAUCUUUCUGAAAGUGAUCUUCGCAACUGGUGUCUUGACAAUACCGUCAGCCAUGUUCGUCCUGGGCGCCCUCCCGGGUGCCAUCAAUGUUCUUGGAUGGCAGUUUCUCAACACGUACUGUGCCAUCAUCCAGGGGAACUUCCGCAACUCACACGCAGGGUGCCAUUCCAUCGCCGACAUGGCCGAGGUCGUUGGCGGACUCUGGCUCAAGGAGGUUGUCGGAGUCUUUUUCCUCGUCACUUAUGCCAUUGUUGGUGCAUCGGGCAUCUUUGGAUCAUCUGUGGGCCUCAAUGCGUUGUCGAGCCAUGCCAUUUGCACCAACUACUUCAUGGUAGUGGCUACCAUCGCGGUCUUCAUCCUUGCGAGCGCGCGAAAGUUUGAGAAGAUAGCCUGGCUUACAUGGGCGGGCUUCUUAUCCGUCUAUAUCGCCGUAUUUGUUGUUGUGGUCGGCGUUACGACUCGGGAUCGCCCUGCUGCGGCUCCACAGGAUGGUGAAUUUGAGCUUGGAUACCAUGUAAUUGGCAACCCGACCUUUGUCACUGGCAUCACCUCUGUGGCGACCAUUUUCUGUUCGGGCGCUGGGACAUCCGCCUUCCUCCCUGCCAUCUCGGAGAUGCGCAAGCCGCGCGAUUACAACAAGGCUGUCUACUUGUGCAUGGCUAUCGUCACGGCAUCCUACCUCACCUUCUCGCUAGUGGUUUACCGUUGGUGCGGCCAGUGGGUUGCGUCUCCAUCCCUGGGCAGCGCCGGAGACACAAUCAAGAAGGUGGCCUACGGCAUAGGCCUCACCGGCCUGCUGGUCAGCGCGUGUCUCUACAUCCACGUUGCUGCCAAGUAUUUGUUUGUGCGUAUUCUGCGAAACUCGGAGCAUCUCCAGAAGAACAGCGUGGUCCAUUGGACUGUCUGGUUGGGCUGCACGUUCAGCAUGUCCGUCAUCUCAUUUCUCCUCGCAUCCGGAAUCCCGAUCUUCAAUUACCUCUUAGCACUCGCCGGGAGCCUAACAUUUGCGCCACUUGCCUUGGGACUUCCGGGCUACCUAUGGAUCUUUGAUCACCAGCAUUACCGUACAGGGAAUUGGUGGCAAAUUACUUCGUACUGGCUCAACUGGCUCAUGAUACUGCUGGCUGUGUUUUUGACAAUUGGAGGGACAUAUGGUGUUGUCCAGAACAUCAUUGAUGCCUAUGCCAGCGGGCUUAUUGGCGGUGCCUUUUCGUGCGCGGACAAUAGCAACUCCUCAUAG